AUGCCACCUGGGCUCUCUACGCUCUCCCCCCUACAUAUCGUCGUGGCCUUGUGCGCCUUACUGCCGCUUGUUCACGCCAGCGUCUUGAGCGACCUUCGUCACAAUUAUUUUGCGCCCACGCCGGCUCCCGAGGACGGCCCUGCCUUUUCCGCCCACGCCUUGCGCAACAAAAAGUACCUGCCCGUUGAGAUUGGCGGCAUUGUGGGAGCCUACGCUGUUGCUCUGAUUUUUGUCGCCCUUGGGCUCUUGUACCUGUCAAAAACCCGCCGUGAGCAUCUCCUCGGCGACGAAGAAGACGAGGCCGUCGCCUACGCUGCCGCCUUUGCGCAGAUUUGCAGUCCCAGGUUCCAGACGGAAAUCGACCCAUACCCGCUGGCGGGUAAGUGUGCCGUAGCACAGGUUCCCAACUUUUCAUACAAGUCGCCGACGAGAAGCGAGUUCACCGGCACGCCGUACAUUCUCCCGCCCGCCUCUCCUUCCAACGCCUCCGUUCCAGGUGUUGAUCUUCAAGUCGACCAGGCCAUUGUUGCAGCAGACCACGCAAUGGCUCAAAAUCAGCUCGAGGACAUGUACAAGCAUGUCAUGGAGCACGAGGACGCCAAGGAGAAAGGCAUCGUCUUGGAGCCUCCUGUCGUUGGCCCGGCCAGCCAGCGUGGCAGCGCCAUGUCCAAAAAAAGCAAGCCCGUCAAUCUCAACUUGAACGGGGGGAGCGAUGAAAAGUUCCGGUCCCGAGCCUCGUCUUUCUUCUCUAGUUUGCGAUCUCCGCGCCAGAGCAAGCCCAAGGGCCUCAGCAUUUCGUCACCUAUCAUGACCCCGCAAACGGGCACCUUUCCCCGCCACGACGACCAAGAGAUGAAUGCCAUCCCACCCCGACAUUAUGCACCUGCCGACCCGCCUCCCGUGCCGACAGACCAGGCGCGCUCCGUCGGCCAGGCUCGAUCAAGCGGCCUGACGCUGCCUCUUACGCCACCUGGCCGGUCCCCGGAGAGUAUCCUGAGCAUUGACGGACGUCUCGGCGCCCCGCUCGCCCAGAUCAACACGUCCAAAGAGGAGUCGCAAUUGCCAGCAGAAGGAGAUCCAGACUCUGCUGUUUCUCAGCACUCGCAGGCACCUUUGCUGGGCCUUCCGUCCUCGCCUAAGCCCGGGGCUACGUUUGGCACGCUGCCCUUGUCGCCGCGGUCGGGAGCUCGGUUCCAGCGAGGAAAUGCACCAUCGGCGGUUCGCACGGGCGGAGCACUGCCUCUUCGUGCGUAUGAGCCCGCUUUGAGCUCGCCUUCAACUCACGGACAGACGACUAAGCAGACCGUGUUUGAGCGGCGCGGCCCUUUGUCGCCCGGGGGAGGCCGGACGCCGUUUACAGCGAACGCUGUGCCAUAUUCUCCCUACCAGCCAUACACACCUUGUGUCCCUAUGACACCAUCCCUGGUGACUAGGGAGGACAGGAAGAGGAUGAAGAGGAUGGUGCCCAAAACGCCCACGGUGGAAAUGGUGCGAAGCGCGGACGACCUGUGGUAA